AAAAGAAGUCAAAAAUGAAGUUGGGAGGAAGUUUAAACAUUCUUCCCCAAUGCAAACUACGGACAUUGAAAAAAUUGUUUUAAAUAGCGGGGUCAGUCAAGCCGUUGGUAAUAAACAAUUUUUAGACAAUACCGAAAAGGCUCUGGUCCAAAUUUCUCACGGGCAAAAACCGGUUAUCACUUAUGCCCGCAAGUCCAUUACCGGUUUCAAAUUGCGAGAAGGAAUGCCGCUUGGUUGCUUUUCAACCAAGAAAUUCGACCAAAAAGGAAAUUAUAAUUUGGGAAUAGACGACUUGAACAUUUUUUCGACCGUUCCUUAUGAUUUAACUUUCAAAAACCAAGGGGUUCAAAUUACGGUUGUUUUUAAGUCUUCUUCGGUCGAGGAAAAUAGUUAUUUUUUAGGCUUAUUAGGGUUUCCUUUCAAAGAAAAUAGACCAAAAAUAAAAUAA